AAUAUUUUCCCAUAGUAUUUUUGUUGCAGUAAAAUAUUCUAAAUCGGAACCUAACACUAUCCAGUAGCAGCACAUAACAGCACAAGCAUCGAUCCAGAAAGGUUCAGCAAAGGAAAUCCUGGACGAGCUCCGGCCAUGAAAGAAGACUACGAGGUUGAAGAGAAAAAACAAGCUGCUGCAGAUGUAUUGUUUCAAUAUUCAAAAUUUGUGAUGGCAUGUAUCGGUAAUCAAGUUCGGCCUUGUGACUUGAGAUUGCAUUUAAUGAAGGAGAUUUCAGGACUGCCAACUUCUCUGAAGAGAGAAUUGGCCCAGACAGCAGCUUCACCUGAUGCAAUGGGUGAAUCAUCAAGCUCAGGCAUGGCCAGACUUGAUAAAGCAGACAGUUUUCGAGCACUGUAAGUUGAGUUAGUGUUAUGGAGAAUUUGACGUUCAGAGUCAUUGGCAUGCUGCUAAGACUAGUAAAUCCUCAUUUCUAUCAUUAACCUUUUGAUUUAUAAUUUCCUUGUGCUGUCAUGGGAAGAUAUUGUUAAUAUGACAUGCCAAAAAUUUGCCUAUCCUUUGAGGUGUAGAAUACUGGGAUAUCUGUACAGUUGCAUCUUAUUUUAGUUCCAUAUGGAUUGUUUCCUUUUCA